AUGCCUGAGAACGCAAAACGUUUGAAGGCCUACACUGCUUUUGCCCCAAUUUCUCCCAUUUCAGAGGUUCCACUAGCAAAGGAGGCGGCAGCAGCAGAAGAGAGAUCAUCAGGAAUAUCAGCAGCUGCAACCCCAACGGCAUCUACGACUACAGCAGAAUUAGCAGUGGCAGUUAAAGAGGAGCCACCUCAAGUGGAAGCAAGGCUAGGUGAAAACCAGCGAGUGGGUCAUCCAGCCACUCAUAAAACUGACCAGCAUUGCUCAUUGGGACCAGUUAAGAAGGUCUGCGCCGCAGUUUCCAGGGAAAUGCGACUCAAGACAACUACAAGCAAGCCGUCUUUGGCCAAUUCGCAAUCUGCGGCUCUCAGGCAUCUCGCCCGAGUCAUAUGCAAAGCCAUCUCCAGUGCUGCUGCACGGGAACUGCGCAAUAACGCUUUCGGGUUUCUCCGACGCUGCUAUAGCCCAAGAUAUCACGACUCAUCUUCUGCACCACGAUGCGCAACGGCUGCGAAGGUGCGAAGGCCGCACCCUUCAAAGAUCUCGGAAACUCGUGAAUCUGCCCCUGAAGCGACAUCACACGACUACCGGGCGAACGACCGUGAUAUGUAUGUCUGCCCCUUCGCUUAUGAAAGCUGUGGGCUCUUGGAUAAAGUACAACAGUGUUGCGCCGCAGCGUGUUACAAAAGCAGCUGCUUCGCCGGAGCUCUAAACAGGCACAAGGGUCGCAUCUGCGAAUCGGAUUCCAACCCUAGGGCACUUCAUUCCAAUGAGAUUGGCGCAGGUCCCACUUCCGUCGCUUCUAACACUGGAGUGAGAUCUACCCUUGCUACUAUCUCAACAUCGUGUGACUUUGAGCAUCAAGUAAUUUGCGAACUCCCUCAAAGUCCACAUGAACUGCAAAGGAAAGAAGUAAUUCCGGCUGUUGCUGCUACUGCCGAUUUUCAGCCGGUCCCAACCUGCCCCAAUCUCGCUAGGCCCCUGCAUUGGGAAAACGCCAGCGUUAUAUUUGCCGCAUCAGAUAUGGCACUAACUGCAGCAAGCACUGUUGCAAUGGACGCUGCAGCAUUUCAGGCAGAGAAAGCGAAGAAUCAGCAACGGCGGGAAGGCCUCCUUGGGCCUUUAUUGGAAAUAUCAGACGAUAGGCAUCAGGAGUCGCCGUGCAAGCCGACGAAUAUAAUGAAUCAAGCGGAUCUUCGUCUGUCCCGCGUUUCCUCACGGGGACAAGAAGUGGAGCCACCGCGUAAGUGCGAAGCCGGAGAGCCCUAUUGCACCAGUGGGACGUGCGGAAGGGUCCAGCCAGAACUACGCCAACAUAAGCGGUGCGAACCCGAAUGUCCGAGACAAGAGGAAAGACCUAUCCAGGAGACUCACUGUGCAGGGCAUCCGCAGGAAUUGGAGCACGGGGGGCAACAGAAUAAACUACGGGAUCUGUCUGAGACGCUGGUUCACCGGUGCAUGACAAGUUGCUCGUGCCCACCCAUGUGGCACUGCACGGCAAAUAUCCGGCUUGAGCUUGGAGGCAGCGGCAUCGACGGCCACAAGUGCUACCACGAACUAAUCAUUCCAGUCAACCAUCAUCUAUCAAGGCAAACACUUGCCUCACCACCAACAACAUUCCCUCGGCAUAGUCUGCGAGGGGCUUGGGACUGCAUGUUCAUCCCGGCCCCCGCAGUUUCAUCGCACAAGUUUUCUGCUCCUUCCAGGCUUUUGCAACAACCUGUUUGCCAGAAGCUAGCCUCAGCAUGCCCAUCAGGGGGUGCCAGCUUAGCCCUACCUGAAUUAUUGGAUUUCAAUGAGUCAGCAAGACAACGCCAUACUGUAGUUUCAAUAGCAACAACAUCGAUAAGCGAAAGCCCAACGACACUGAACCAGAGACGCAAUGCAAUGAACGACGGUUAUGGCAAGUUCGCGCCGUCUGCUAAGGCUUCCCCACAGGCCGUUGUGUCUACCCAAUCGGUGGAUGCUGCUCAAAGCACCAGUGAGGGACAACAAAACCCAAUGGGAUGGGCAGACGGCGCCCGCCCCAUGAGGGAGCACCUGAGUGAGCUGCAGCAGCUGAGACACCAACUAGACUCCCACAGACAAUCGUUGACCGGCCUGUUCAGGCAGGUGGACUUCAGCAGGAGCAAAGGCAAAUCAUGCAACAAUCCACCUCUGCAUUCUCUCAAUGAAGAGAGCUCAGUAGAGUUGAAACAUGAUCGAGCCACCAGGCAGCAGAAGCUGAACUACGGAGAAUCAUUGCCUGAAGUGCCGAAGACGGGCAGCAUUUCCUUGGGUGGGAGGCCAAAAGAACAACAGAAUUAUGAGGUGCAUGAACGCAAGCUGAAAGCAGCGGUAUAUCAAGAUACUGCAGGCUUGAGUGGUUGCCCACUGCUGCAUACCAGUGAUCGUACGGCGUCUCCACCGCAGCAGGCUGCUGAUUUUUCGCCUCCAGAAACGAAGGCACAGCUCCUUCAUCAUCAGCCUGGACAACCCUCUAGCGCUCUUCGUCAGGUUCUCUGGGGACUUUUAGAUCGGAUGGAAUAUGUUAAGAUGAAGUUGGCUCCUCCUCAGCGUUUGCAGACCCCCCAUGUUCUUAGGAAAAACAGUCAGCACCGUCCACAGGAUAGAGAAGGAUUGUCCAAUUUGCCAAAGGAGCCCAGAAUAUUGAAAAGCGUGAUUCGUCAUCGUACGAAUAGCCUACAGCCUGCUACAUGCCAAGAAAAGCGGGACCAGUUUCAUGGCCAAGGCCUUACUCAAUUGCGUAUUGUGGGAAAAUCUAUGGGGAAUGCGGCUACAUGCAGCGCAGCCAGUUACAUGUUCAAACGUGCAGCAGAGAUUCCGCAAGACGUCCUUCCAUUUGCUGCACUACCGGAGAUUCGAACCGGCUCAAUUGAGUGCAGACAGCCAAAUAAAGUGACUGCACUGGAUACGAAGCACCGCGAGGACUUCGCAAAGACGCUGCUGGUUGUAGACAAGUCACUCCUUUCCAAAGCGUACCACGCCACUACGAAAAAAAACCGCCUCGAAUGCCGAGCUGCCAAACCACGCCUGCUACUACAAAGCAAAAAGUCUGCAGGCACUGCGGAAGAAGAAUGCCGACCAAAAACAAUGGAGGAGGGCCGAAUUCCAGAAGAUAUCGAUGGUGACUUUCAGUCACGCGUGGGUGGACAGAAUCAGAGCCACUUAAGACGAGAAGUUCGUGGAGUAACAAAAAUCCUUGCUGGGCAGACGCGUGGCCGCCAUUUCAAUUUGUCCGGCCUAAAGUUCGCUGACUCUACUCAAGUGACGCAGGAAGCACUAUCGACAAAUUUUCCAGUGGAGCGGCCUACGAUGAGCGCUGAAUUUGAUGCAAACCUCACGGGUGCAGGCGAGGAGGGCUGUUUAGUCGAAGCAGUGAGACCAACAAGUUUCAGCUUCACGGCUGAUCCAGGGGAGUUGCGGGAAAAGAGAUGCGAUUCCUCUGCCAGAAAGACCCAAAAGCGUGUUCUCCAGAAGGAGAUUCCCGGAUAUGGCUCAGGCGGGUGUCGGGGAGACGAGGAGGCAUCUUUACUCGGAGCAAAAAUUCAGUAA